AUCUCACCAAGUUCCCGUUCACUGCUGUCCCUGUGAAGAGUGAGGAUGAUGAAGAGGAAGCUCAGUGCUCACAGCUUCAUCAAGAACAGGACCAGAUGAAAACAGAAGCUGAUGGGGAGGAAGCAGCAAGGAACUCAGAUCCAGCUGCUGAUUUACAACCAACUAGUGAGGGCCAGAUCUUCUCCUCACACUCCUCUGAGGCUGAGACUGAUGACAGUGAAGACUGGGAGGAGACCAGAGAACCUCAGUCAGGUUUAAACACACCAAAUAAAACCCAUCCCAGUCAAAACACAUGUGAUGUUGGAGAGAAACCAUCCUCCUGCUCUGUGAGCAAGAGGACAGGAGAGAAACUGUGGAGCUGCUCUGUUUGUGGGACAAACUUUCAACGAAAAGGAAACUUGAACAGACACAUGAUGAUGCACAAGGGAGAGAAACCAUUCAGCUGCUCAGUCUGUGGGAAACAUUUCACUCAGAAAAGUGACUUAAACAUUCACAUGAGAACCCACACAGGAGAGAAACCAUUUAGCUGUCUAGUUUGUGGUAAAAGUUUUACACAGAAAGGUUACUUAAAUAUUCACAUGAGACUUCACUCAGGAGAGAAACCAUUCAGCUGCUCAGUUUGUGGCAAAAAUUUUACACAAAAAUGUGACUUAAACAGUCACAUGAGAAUCCACACAGGAGAGAAACCAUUCAGUUGCUCAAUCUGCGGUAAAAGUUUUACACAGAAAGAACGCUUGAGUAGUCACAUGAGAAUCCACACAGGAGAGAAACCAUUCACUUGCUCAGUCUGCGGUAAAAGUUUUACACAGAAAGAACAUUUAAGCAGCCACAUGAGAGUCCACACAGGAGAGAAACCCUUUUGCUGCUCAGUCUGCGGGAAGAGUUUUGUACAGAAGAGUAACUUAAACAUUCACAUGAGAAUCCACACAGGAGAAAAAACAUUUAGCUGCUCCGUCUGUGGUAAAAGUUUUACACAGAAAAGUGAUUUAAACAAACACAUGAGAAUCCACACAAGAGAGAAACCAUUUAGCUGCUCAGUCUGUGGCAAAGAUUUUACACAGAGAAGUGACUUAAACAGCCACACGCGAAUCCACACAGGUGAGAAACCAUUUAGUUGCUCAGUCUGUGGUAAAAGUUUCACAUUGAAAAGUAACUUAAACAUUCAUGUGAGAGUCCACACAGGAGAAAAACCAUUCAGCUGCUCAAUCUGCAGUAAAAAAUUUACUCAGAAAAGUAACUUAAACAUUCACAUGGGAGUCCACACAGGAGAGAAACCAUGUAGCUGCUCAGUCUGUGGUAAAAUUUUCACAUUAAAAAGAGAUUUAAAUAGUCACAUGAGAAUCCACACAGGAGAGAAACCGUUUAGCUGCUCCAUUUGUGGUAAAGGUUUCACACAGAAAGGUGACUUAAACAUUCACACCAGAAUCCACACUGGAGAGAAACCAUUCAGCUGCUCAGUCUGCGGUAAAGGUUUCACAGUAAAAAGUAACUUAAACAUCCACAUGAAAGUCCACACAGGAGAGAAACCAUUCAGCUGCCCAUUCUGUGGUAAAGGUUUUACUCAGAAACAUAGCGCCAGCACACACAUGAGAGUCCACACAGGAGAGAAAGCGUUCAGCUGCACCGUGUGUAGCAGAAGUUUUAGCAGGCGUGCAGAUCUUAGAGGACAUGAGUGUGUUGGUGAGAGCAGCAGCAGCAGGUGAAGCUCACCUGUUCAACAGUAACCGGAAGAUGAACUGGAGACAAAAUGGUCCAUCAUUCAGGAGGAACUCCAAACACAUCUUGUUUCAGUACAGACUGCUGGAAGACAGAGAGGUUCUUGUUGCUGCUGUUUGGCUCAAAUUCAGAUUUGAUGUUCCCAUGUCAGUUUGAUUUUGUGUUACGUGUCAGUUGAUGUUGUUCUGUGAUUCACUGUGAUACACAUCGAUGUUUAUUAUGGUACACAAUUCUGUUCUCUGAAUAAUCCAUAAUAAGAAAACACCACAAUAUCACAGCAGAUAUAUUACAACGUGAUAUGAAUCUAGGUAUCUGGUAUUUCAGAUAUUGUAACACCACGAUAAUGCAGAAGUGCUGUCUUUUCCUGGUUUUACAGUAAAGGAAUGCAACUCUCUG